AUGUGCAUCGCCAUUCUCACAACAGCCCAUCCGGACUAUCCAUUCAUAUUACUCAACAACCGAGACGAGUAUCUACAUCGUCCAACAGCAGAGGCAACAUGGUGGCCAUCUCCAGACACCCAAGUCUUGGGCGGCUACGAUCUUCACCGUCCCGUUCAUGGCACCUGGCUGGGUGUGACCCGUCAAGGUCGAAUUGCAGUCUUGACCAACUACCGUGAAGAAGACGAAAAAAUCGUAGAAGGCGCGCGAAGUAGAGGGCUCAUUCCAAACGCUUGGUUAAAGUCCAACCCAGCGAAGGGGGAGAGUACAGAACAGUUCGCAAAACGAAUGAUAGAAGAAGAUGGUGUCGAGGGUGUUGGUGGGUUCUCUCUGUGCUAUGGAUUCAUUCAAGAUGUUGUCAAAGAGGGAGAGAAAGGUCUUGCGAUCGUGAGCAACCGCACUCCCGAUGUUCAUGGCGUAAUUCAUCUCCUGCAAAAGCCAGAUGAAACUCGGGCUCUCAGCAAUGCCGCCUACAACGACCGCACCUGGCCCAAAGUGAUCAAUGGAGAGGACUGGACGCGUGCUGCCAUUGCCAAGUCUGUCGCUGCCAACGAGUCCCAGGAUCAGCUCAUCAACCGUCUUCUCGAUAUUCUGACCACAGACACCAUGCCCCGACAGAAAGAGAAUGAGGAGUGGGACAUGUACCUCAACCAACUGCGUUACAGCAUAUUUGUUCCAGCCAUUGGAAGAGACCAUCUUGAAGAGCACAAGAUGCCUGCGCAUGAGCCAAACGCCACCAUGUGUAUCAUGUUCUUCAUAUCCCACUACGACGGCCCACGAGAGCACUUCCUUUGUCAGUACCACUGCGCACACACCGAAUGUCCCGGAACCUUUGAGGCACAUCAGAAGUAUCUACUUGAAGAGAGCCGCUUGGACUGCUCAGAGUGUUUGACCAAGGAUGGCGAUCAGGUGGAUCCUGAUAUCGUUCCGGUACAGUACUAUCCUCCCAUUCCCCAUUUUGAGAUUGAGUACGUGGAGGGGAAGGGUUGGGUUAAAGUCUGUGAGCAAGGUGGCGUGGAGGGUACAGGGAGGACUAAAGUGCAGGAGGAUGAUCAAGAUGACGGCCGCUACGCCCAUAGCUUCGCAAGUCUCUCGGACUGCGACAGCGUCACCUCACACUGGCGUCUGGAUCCAAUCUUCCCACCGCCUAUUCGCCCAAGCACUACAACCACCAACGGCAAGUCGCCCGCUCCACUCUCCCAGGGGCUGCCAACAAUGGAAGAGGCGUAUGAGACGUGUUCUCCACAUGAGCCGCCACACGAGAUGACCAAGGUAUAUGAGGUUUCUUAUGAGAGCGUAUCCCCUGGACCAGAGCCAAGCCAAACGAUACUCCAAGAAUCGUCAUUUGGCGACUCUCCCAACACUAUCGAGCACCAGAAUCUUGUCAAUCGGCAGCUCGCGACACUCGAGCACCGGAUGGCCCAUCGUCAGCCUCAGCGCGAUUCCAGCCAGCCCGCGUUCGACGUCCCACGCCCACAGUACCCGGAUCACUUUCGUCAAGCUGUCAGGCGUGAAUUUGUUGUGAGCAACCCGCCGGGUCAUGCUGCUACACCUCCCGUUACUCCACGACCACAUCCACGAGUACUACCAGGACCAGAUUACGGUAACAGGUUUCAUUACAUGGUUUCCACAUCAACUACGAAUGGGGUACCAGAUCCUCGAUGGGGCCCAGUUUCGGGGUCUGGCGAGAUGACUGAUUUCUCUCUUGGAAAGCCUACUCAGGCUGUUCCCGUCAUGGCGUCUCUCCCGUCUCAGCGCCCCGCGUCGCGACAUAGACCCGCACCACCUGCCGAAUCGUCGUCCUCGCAGCAAGAGCAAAUGGAGCGAUCGAGCAGCUUCUCUGGCCAGUCAGUAGACUCGCAAACGCUACUACUCAACACACCGUCUACACAGUCAACCACUUCCGCGCCUCAGGAGCAGGAAGAGACACGUGCGCAAACCACCGCGCCACAACAAGAAGAGGAUGAUGAACCACGGAGGUGCUGGAUCUGCUUCAAUGACGAGACGGAAGAUGACGAGACAACAUCGGAGUGGCGGUCGCCUUGCGCAUGCUCACUGGUGGCGCACGAGAAGUGCCUGUUAGACUGGAUAGCCGACAUGGAAGCGCCAAGCUCACGACGGCAAGCUGGUAAGUCGGCAGGGAAGAUAUUGUGCCCCCAAUGCAAGAGCGAGAUCAGGGUACAACGGCCGAGAAGCUACGUGGUGGACGUUGUUCGGAGUGUCGAGCGCCUCACUGGUAGCCUGCUGCUCCCUGGCUUCGCACUCGUCACAGGCACAGCGCUCUAUUCGACUUUGACGCUUUCUGGGACUGCGACUAUAUACCAGAUAUUCGGUACGCAGGAUGCGCUGCAAAUCCUUGGGCCGCUUUACGAGACGCCAAACCGCGCGGUCAACUCGGUCACAAUGCAGUGGCUCGAACAUCUGAGGCAUCACUGGAGGCUGGAUCUUGGACUGCCCCUGAUACCGACGGUUCUAGUCGCAAGCCGAACAACCUUCGCCGACUCAUUCCUACCGUUCCUCCCUCUCAUCUUCUUCGUCAGCUCCGGGCAGCCAGGCGAUGAUAUGCUACAGCUGCAGUGGCCACCGAGCGCCGCUUUCACCUUCGCCGCGCUACCAUACCUCCGAGGUUUCUAUAACGCAUACUACGAACGAGUCUGGUUACCACGAGAGCAGCAGUGGUUGAAGGAGAUCCAGCCGCGAGCUGGCGAAGACACAACCGCAGAUGUACAGGCACAAGCCCAACACGAUCACGACCACGACCACGACCAUUUGGGCGAUGAGGACGUGGUAGAAGAGGUGGAGAUUGAACUCGACUUGGACAUCUUUGCAGAUUGGAACAACGAUGGCGAAGUCCAUGACGAUGACGCGCCUGAGGAUCCUCCUGUACAAGCUGCACGAGCCCCAGCAGGACCAAUCGACGCGCCUCCACAAGACGACCAAGACGAGGCCGACAUACGGGCUGCUCAGUUUAUCGACGAUGCUCAACCAGAUGUAGCACCUGCGCCCAACAUUCCCAUGCAGCCCGCUGCCCCACGACCUCGACGUGUUCGACGCGAACGCGGCGUCACUUUCUCCACCACAUCCCUCGCUGACACCAUCCUCGGUGCCCUUAUCUUCCCCACCAUAGCCGCUGCAAUGGGUGAAUUGCUCAAGCAUACCCUGCCUAGCUCGUGGGUCACACCUCCGACUGGCGCGCCAGCAAUGUCCUGGCUCGGCGGCUGGAUUAACACCGGUGGCAAGGUAGGCGGGGUGGGCAAGCCAACAGGCUUCCUCCAGACGCGUUGGGGAAGAAGUGUUGUUGGUGGCUGUAUGUUUGUGGGUCUCAAGGACUUCAUCAUGCUGUACGUUAGGUGGAAGACGGCGCAGAAUCAUCGGAAGAGAGGCAUCGUGAAUCAUGACAGAAAGAAGGGCAGAGGUAGUGCUGCGGCGGCAUCGUGA